GUGAAAGAAAUGACAUCGAAUUCAGAGGAGGUUAAAAAAUUGGAGCCAAUUUUCACUGCAAAUCCAGCUGAAUUGAAAGGAGAGAUUAUUAAUGUUAGACUAAAUAAAGCUGAAUUAUCUGGUAUUUUUUAUAAUGGUAUGGAUGGGACUCGUGCACGUGAUGAAUUUAUUCAGGUCGAAAAUGUUGUUCCUGAUUUCAAGGAUUUUCUGCCCGGAUUUCCUACCCGGAGAUAUUCAUUCGGAGGUAUUGUUCCUCAUAUCAGUGGUUUUAUACCUGGAGAUAUCAUUGUUUAUGUUAAUCGAGAGUGUAUGCUCGGCGCAACUUUGAAAAAUUAUCUUAAACGUGUGAAUUCUUUUUCUGAUAGUGCUAUUAUCAAUUUUCAACUGUGUCGUGGUUACGCAAUGCAAAAGAAAAAAAUUCAACUAAUUCGUGGUAAGGAUUAUAGCGGUUAUUUUUCAUUCAUCACUGGUGGUAGUCCAGCAUGGUGUUAUUUGUUAUUUGAUGAAGAUAAGAAAGAAGUUCUGCUCGAAAAAGUCAAGCCAGGCACAAUGGAUAUCAAAGAAUUCAAAGAAUAUGGCGAAGUUUUAUAUUCAGGAUUGGGCAAAGAUCCUCCACAAGACAUUAUUGACAAAUUGAUUGAGGAAUAUGGGAUUAAACAUGUAUAUACCCUUUCGCAAACCAUAGAAAACUUGUUUGAUCCAAUUAUAUCAAUUACUUUACAGAAAAUAAGAGUUGUUUUUUCAGAAACAUUGAAGAAUUUUGGCAUGUCUGGCAAUGCGUCAGUGACUAUCGGUCAGUAA